AUGUCAAUCACAAAAUUCUGGGGAGACGUCCACCCCCCAGCUGCUUUUUUCGGGCUCCAUCAACGAGCACUCAAAUUCCACGACAAGACGCCCGAACACGAAUCCCUUUACUUCGAGACAGCCCUGGGUUUGGCUCUUGGCAUCGCUAUCCCCCUCGGCGCCUUACCCAUCGCCAAGAGCUUGUGUGACCGGGUAUCUCCUGCAUCAGUAGCGUCGAGCAUGAACGGGGGCGCUUUCAAACGGCUCAAGCGCGGCAUCACCGCCGAUCCAUCUUUCUCCAAGAGGGGAGCGAUGCAUAUUGGCUGCCCAUACCAGGCAACAAACUCUAUCAUGCAGGCCCCUCGUCUGCCACGGUUGGACGUCUUGUGGCGAGCUGCAGAUCGAUGCCAGAACCAAGCAGCACAGGGUUACACGGCGCGAUGCGCCCACGUCGAAGCUAGAAAGGUUGAUGUGGCUUGCCUGACGGGCGUUCGUCAGUGA